AUGCGCGCGACGGCGGGCGACAGACCGGCCGAGAUGCCGAAGGACUGGUGGAAGAAGAAGCCGCAGCCGCAGCAAAAGGAGGAUGGGGAUGCCGCAGAGGCGGAGCGCAUUGUGUCGGUUAUCACGGUCUUGCGUGGGCAGGCUCCGUUCUAUGCGACGUCGCGUUGCUCCGUGCCGUACGUGCGCGGGUUCGCAAGCACUGUGCCGAUGCCUGCCACUGUGUGUGCGCGGCGUGUCGCGAACCUCCUGCCGUAG